AUGACCCGGUCAAAUUCCAUGAGUGAUGCAGGUCGUGCCGCACCGUGUGAUCGGAAGGAGUUCCUGGGACGACUGCAGGUCGACACCGACACGCUCUGUCAUCUGUCAUAUCGUCUCUCGUCGCUGUAUCGGGAGCUAGCUUCAACCCCUUCGAAACAGUUUUUCCCCACGGCCAUCACGCGGCUUCCCACGGGACAAGAAACUGGGAGCUAUCUCGCGGUCUACGUGGGUCUGUCGUAUCUGCGAGUCGCCUUUAUUGAUCUGUUGGGUGAACGGCCGGUGCAUGGGCAGUCGCGCGUGAGACGAACCUUGGAGAAAGCAUGGCCCAUCGAGGAGCAUCUGCGACGCGACCACGCGCCGAAUUUAUUCUCCUGGAUUGGAGAUUGUAUUGCUGAGGUGGUUGCCGAUGGUCUUGAUAAUCCAAGGGAGCAGAUGUCCAGCGAGGUAACGACCGGCAUUUCCUUCUGUUUCCCUCUACGCCAAAACUCGCUUGAUGAAGCUAUCUUAAUGCCCACGGGAAAAGGAUUUGCCCUGACCUCGGAUCUGAACCUGCGCCAGGCGCUGCUUCGUGGAUAUGAACGCCACACAAGGUCUGUGGAUGAGAACAAUGACGGUCCAGUGCCGGUCAAGAAACGGAAAUUGUUCAGUCUGCCCACCUUGAAAAUCGCCGCCAUGACCAACGACACAGGCGCGACCUUUGCGUCUCUAGCAUACUCAAUCCCGUCUCUGCCCAACACCCGCGUGGUCAUGGGGUUGAUCGUCGGCGCCGGGUGCAACGCGACCGUUCCGCUUCGACUGGCAGAUCUCCACGAAUCGAAGACACAACAUAUCCGUGCGCAGGAACCCGGCGCGACCGAAACGCUCGUUUCUACCGAGUUCACCCUGGCCAGUGCGGCGGCUCCUUUACACGAACUGGGCAUCCUGACGGCAUGGGACGAGGAGCUGGAUCGGCGUUCGCGACGACCCGGGUUUCAGCCCUUCGAGUACAUGGUCGGCGGGACAUACAUUGGGGAACUGGUGCGGAUCAUCAGCUACGACUGGUUUCAUCGAAAUCGAGGAAUCGCGCGGACCGCGCUCCCCCCGAGACUGGUGAAGGAGCAUUCCCUCUCCACGGACUUUCUCUCUCUGGUAGUGGCAUCGAAUUACUCCGACGAACACCUAGCAAGUCAGCUAUCGAAUCACCUUCCCGCUCCCGCGUCGAGCUCCUGGUUCUGGACACCUGAAUUUGCAAAUGACAUGCGUGCCAUCGCAGCGGCCGUGCAGGAUCGAUCAGCCGCGUUGGUGGCUUCUGCCAUCGUUGGUCUGCUGGUAUGCACACAGGAGAUCCAACUGCAGAAUCACGACUCGGAGACCGAAUCUCAAACAGACCAGUCACUCCGUCAACGCAUGGACAGCUGGAAAAACGGACCCGAGGAACUGGCGGUUGCGGUCUCGGGGGGAGUGAUCCAGCACUAUCCGCACUACAAGAGGACGGUGCAGCGGUACGUCGAUCGGCUGCUCUUGCGUGCGGGACCCCAGGAAGGGGGAAAGAGUAUUUUUCUUCGCGAGGUCAGCGACGGGGGAAUUGUUGGAAUUGGAGUUCUGGCCGGUAUGGCGUCGGGGGAGAUAGGAGAAAUUACUGAGUCGUCGUUAGAACUUCUGAACGAAUAA